GUUCCUGUUUGCCUUGGAAGUGAUGGUGCUGAGACACAAGGUUGCUAAGAGCUGUCAGAUGACACUUGCUCACAUGAGACAAUUAAGAGGGUGUUGCAGCCUGUUUUAAAACAAGUUUGCAACCGAAGAGUCAGUGAGAAGGCAGCUACCUCUCUGUUGAAGGCCAUCUGGUUAGGUCUUGUGAUCAAAUAAUUGCUAGUUACAGAAUCACACCAGGAAGCAUGACAGAGUUUUUUGCUAAAAGCAAGCCGGCAGAAAUUACAAGAACAAGCAAGUUAUGCUAUGCUUUUUAAAAAGUUAUUAGCAGUAAACUGUUAAUUUUUAUCUAAAGAAGCAAUACUGACUGCAGAGGAUAUUCAGUCGUGAUUUUUUUCUUAAGAAAAAAGCCAAAUCAGUGCUAGCCAGUUUUUGCCUGACAUUCCUCUCAUCAGUAGCUCAUCGUUGCUCAGUAAUCUCUGUGGAUACUUAAAUAUAAACUGGCUAUUUUGAAGAAACCAUGUGUAUGACAGCAUGUCUGUGAACUCAAAAUGUGUGGAGGUACAUCAAAAACAUCCAACAGCACAGGUAACCAGGCACAGAACUCAAGGGAAAGUCGUCGUUCCCCUCCUUCGCUAGUGAAUAGCUUUUCAAAACUAAGGGUGGAUAAGACAAAGAAAUUGGUUGUGGCAGAAGAGAGCUCCAAACAUUCAAAGAGAUUUGCUGGAGAACUAUCCAAAAGCUGGUCCUGUCCUGGGUUUGAUCUAAAUGAAAUCCGCUUGAUAGUGUAUCAAGACUGUGAGAGACGGGGCAGACAAGUCUUAUUUGAUUCUACAGCUAUCCGAAAGAUUGACGAGACACAGUUUCUGGAUGCCUCUGGAAAAACAGGUGGCAGGUGCUGCCAAGGAAACAGUGGAGUUAACACAUCUUACCCCCAUAGUCCUUCAGUGAACAGCAGAGAGACUGGCCAGGGAGACAUUCCUAAAUAUCAGUAUGCCAGGCCAGCUUCUGAUGUCAACAUGCUGGGUGAGAUGAUGUUUGGUUCAGUAGCAAUGAGUUACAAAGGCUCUACACUGAAAAUCCACUAUAUACGUUCUCCUCCACAACUUAUGAUGAGUAAAGUGUUCUCUGCCAGAGUAGGCAGCUUCUUUGGAAGUACAAAUAGCUUCCAAGGUAGUUUUGAAUACAUCAGUCAAGAUCCAUCAAGGCUGAAUUUGCAUCCAAAUGGCUUGGGCCAUUGCCCGAAUGGAAGUAUUCUAGGUGUGUUACAGCUGUGUAGCAACAAGUUGCUGCAUAGUAUGCCUGAAGGAGGGCCUCUCUGGCUCAUCCAGAGUGCUUCUUUCUUUGCAGCACACAGCACUCCUGUUGACAUGCCCAGUCGGGGUCAAAAUGAAGACAGAGCCAUUGCUCGAUCAGCAUCCUUGAGUAGUCUUUUGAUGACUCCAUUACCAUCUCCCAGCUCCUCUUCUACUAGUUAUCAGCGUCGCUGGCUUCGAAGUCAAACAACAAGCUUGGAAAAUGGCAUCAUACCUAGAAGGUCAAUUGAAGAAACGUUCAGCAUGGCAGAUGAAAGCUGUGGCCUAAAUCCUGCAUUGAUUCGAAGGAAGAAAAUUGCCCUCAGCAUCAUUUUCACCCUUCCUGAGAAAGAAGAGGCCCAGAGAAAUUUCCAGGAUUUCUUCUUCUCUCAUUUCCCCAUAUUUGAAUCACAUAUGGGAAAGCUGAAAAGUGCAAUUGAAAUGGCCAUGAUCACAUGUAGAAAAAUAGCAGAAACAAACCAAAGAGUACAAGUUUACAUUAGCCGUGUUAUGGAUGCACUGGAUGAAUUUAGAACUACAGUAUGGAAUUUAUACACAGUUCCAAGGAUUGCGGAACCUGUAUGGCUUACUAUGAUGUCCUGUGCUUCAGAAAAGAAUCUGUUAUGUCAACACUUUCUCAAGGAAUUUGCUGCUUUAAUAGAACAGAGCAGCAAAAACCAGUUUUUGGCUGCUCUAUUAACAGCAGUGUUAACCUAUCACUUGGCCUGGGUCUCUACCGUGAUGCCAGUUGAUCAUCUCCCAACCAGUGCUUUCUCUGAGAAACAUGCCUCCCCAUCUAUGAACAGGCUGGCAAAAUCACAUCCCUACAAUCCACUUUGGGCACAGCUUGGUGAUUUAUAUGGUGCUGUAGGUUCACCAGUCAGAAUGACAAGGACAGUAAUUGUUGGAAAACGUAAGGAUUUUGUUCAGCGCAUACUCUAUAUCCUUACAUAUUUCUUACGGUGCUCUGAGUUACAAGAGAAUCAUCUGAUCUGGAAUGGGCAGGUUGGCAAAGGAGAGCAAGCUGUCAAUGGCAGCAAAAUUAUGACGACUCUAGAAAAGGGAGAAGUUGAAGAAUCUGAUUAUGUAGUCGUCACAAUUCAGAACGAACCUGCUCUUGUACCUCCUGCCCUGCCUCGAAAGAGUGGUCGAGCUGCUGCUGCUGCUGCUGCUGCUGCUGCUGCUGGGGAAUAUGAGGGCUGCUUUGAACCUGCCUGCUUCAAGAGCAACUAUGAGAAGCUGAAUGAGGAAUGCAGUUCUGAAGCAUCCCCUUGCUUCUCCAGAGUUGGCUCCCCAAAAAGAAUUGUAGGGGAAGUUAAGAAGGGGAAAACUAUAGCCAAUUCUGAAGCUGUAUGUGGAAGGCAUGAUAAAUUAGAGGAUUUAACUGCAAGAAUGAAUGAGGGCAAGCAGCACAGUGUAGCGAGGCAGUUGUUUCACAACUUGGCAGCUGUUCCAUGUCCCAAGAAGAUUGCCCAAGUGUAUUCUCAAUUGGAAAAGGUUACCUUCCAGAUUGGAAGCUCCACCUCACCAGAAUCUGAUUCUGAAACCCAAAUAACGGAAGUAAACAAAAUGCAGGAGAGACGCAGGAGUAAAACUAAACCUCUGUAUGCCCUCUCAAGUCCACUACAUAUAACAUCCAGGGCCCCACAAGAGAAAUAUGACUUACGUCUUAAAGCCUGUACUAGCCAGAAAGUUAGUGAAACACAAAUGUCAAGGGCACCUUGGCUGCUGUCAGUUCCACAGUCUGUGGUUCUUGAUAGAAAAGUCAGAACUGUAAACCUGGGAAAACUAGAUCAAGUUUAUAGUACAGGCUGUGAAAACUUUGAGGGAAAUUCUCUUAACUGUGAUUCAGGAAGUUCCAUUGAUGUACAGAGGUCUGGCCAAGCAGUUACUAAGAGCAUCCCCUGUGGGGAUGUUGAAAGCAAACAGCACUGUAGAAUGGAGGAGAACAUUCCUAGGAACGAAAGUUCUGAUAGCGCUCUUGGGGAGAGUGAUGAUGAAAGUUGCACGUACAUUCCAGAUCUGCAGUCAGUCACCUCUGUUAACUGUCAGCCUGAAGAAGUGGAACUUGCCUUGCCAAGAUUCUGCACAGUCAGCAGUCAAAGCAUGAUACAUUUUGGAAGGUCACUUUUGGGGGGCUAUUGCACCUCUUAUAUGCCUGAUCUAGUGCUGCAUGGAAUAAGUUCUGAUGAACAACUUAAGCAACAUUUAUCAGCUGAGUUGAGUCAUGCCAUAAAUCAUCCAGUACUAGAUGAGCCUAUAGCAGAAGCUGUUUACAUUAUAGCGGAUACUGAUAAAUGGACAGUUCAGGUGGCUACUAGCCAGAGAAAGGUGACAGACAACAUAAAACUAGGCAAAGAUGUCCUUGUCUCCAGCCAAGUAUCAUCUUUAUUGCAGUCUGUUUUACAACUUUACAAGCUUAACCUUUCUGCUGACUUCUGUAUAAUGCACCUUGAGGAUCGCCUACAGGAAAUGUACCAUAAAAGCACAAUGCUAUCUAAAUAUUUACGAGGACAAACAAGAGUUCAUGUGAAAGAGCUUGGAGUGGUAUUGGGGAUUGAAUCCAAUGACUUGCCUCUGCUGGCUGCUAUAGCAAGUACUCAUUCUCCAUAUGUAGCUCAAAUACUCCUCUAAGUUAAAUACUUACAAACUCUGUUCUCAAAGAUUUGAGAGUGAAGAACACACACAAAGAGAUAGGCAAUGAAGAAAGUUGUGACAGCAAUUCAUUACAUCCCAUUUGGUUUCCUGCCGUUUACAUGGAUAUUUAUCAGUGGAUUUUUAGUUUACAUGAUAUAAAAGAUAUUCAGGGUUUUUAUAUUGUUCAUGCAUCCUUGUAUUUUAAUGAAUGAAAGGAUUAAACACUAAUGAUGAAUAAGUUGUUUGUGUGUAGUAGCCAGCCAAACACACCAUCAAAAAUACAAUUUUGUUACUGUUGUAUUUGUCAUAUUCUUCUGAUUUUUUCAAAUACGGGGUUCUUAGCAAAUUGUAUGAACAUAUACUUUCCUGAGUUUAUAUAAACAAGAUGAUAAACUGAUAUGUCUGCCUGCACAGAACUG